CUGUGAUGCAAAUUCCACGUUUGGAAGUUAACACGGCCACGCUCUUAUCUUUAAAAAAAAUAAUAUUUUAUUUAAAAAUAUCAACAAACAAAAGAGGAAUAGUCACAUGCAAACAAGCAUACGCCACGCUCUAUCUCAACUCCACAUUUACUGGAUUGUGUGAACAGUGCAGAGAACCUUCCACAACAGUUUAUUUUUUUCUUGUCAAGACCAGAAUGUUGGGGGAUCUAGUUCCAGGUGUUUCUUUUAGGCCUGCUAUUUAGAUUAGUCUGCACAUAAGAGAAGUUGUAGGCUAUGAAUGUUUCCUUAUAUGGCAUAAUUAUUGGGAAUCAUUUGAGGCCCUGACUAGGCAUACUGAUUUGGAUUUGAAGAACUUGUCAAAAUGACUAGUCACCCGAGAAAUGUAUGAAACACUUCAGUUGUCAUGGGAAUUGUACUAUUUUCAAAAUGUACAUAUGACAAGUUUAGACCAACACUUCUGACCAGGGGGUGGAGCGUUGCGAGCCGGGUAGGAUUCUAUUCGUCUGUAUAGAGUCGAGGCGAGAAAUUCAAGCAAAGGGCUCUAUUGAUAGGCGUUUAGUGUAACGGGAGUCCGGACAAUACCUUUUCGGCGAAAGCAACAAGUGUCUGGAUAUGAAAGCAUAUUCUGAACUAACCAUUCCUAUUUGAAACCGUCCGUUGUAAUUGAGAACAAAUAAUUCGACACGUUUUGCUAUAAGUUUGGCUGUUUUGUAUCGUUUCCUUAUUUUGUUUUUGCAGCUCAUUCAAAAUGAGUAAAAAAUAACAUCGUAUCACUUGUACUGUUGACUACUUGAAUGAAGACAAUUCUCCUCGACCAUUUCGAGCUUGAAUAGGUGCACUGACCAGCUCGCCAUUGUUUACCUGGUGUCGCGGAGGACCACUUCAAAACAGUGAAGUUGUCUUUUACAAAAAAGUAUUUUCUUCUGAACCGAUUUUUUAAAAACCAACAUACAACAUGGCAGAACACGAGAGUAUAGAGUUUGGAAAGGCUGACUUUGUUCUUCUGGACAAUGUUUCUUUGGAGGAAUUCAUGGCUAACCUAAAGCUCAGGAGGCCCAGUCCCAAUCAACUACCUCAGGCACAAGUCACUGGAAAUUGGGAAAAGCGGUGUAAAAAGAAGAGGGCAGGAGAGGUCAAGGAAAAGUUUGAGAAGGGUCGUAUCUACACCUACAUCGGCGAGGUGGUGGUGUCGGUUAACCCUUACCGUGCCAUGAACAUCUACGGUCGAGACACCAUCGAGCAGUACAAGGGCCGGGAGCUGUACGAGCGACCGCCACAUCUCUUCGCCAUCGCAGACGCAGCCUACAAAGCCAUGAAGAGGAGGAACAAGGACACCUGUAUUGUCAUCUCAGGGGAGAGUGGCGCCGGGAAGACUGAAGCCAGCAAAUAUAUAAUGCAAUACAUUGCUGCUAUCACAAACCCCGGGCAAAGAGCGGAGGUGGAAAGGGUGAAAAACAUGCUGCUGAAAUCCAACUGCGUACUAGAGGCCUUCGGUAACGCCAAGACCAACCGCAACGACAACUCCAGCCGCUUCGGCAAGUACAUGGACAUCAACUUCGACUUCAAGGGAGAUCCCAUCGGGGGCCACAUCAACAACUACCUGCUGGAGAAGUCCAGAGUCAUCUUCCAGCAGGAGGGGGAGAGAAGCUUCCACUCAUUCUACCAGAUGGUUAAAGGAGGUCCUGAGUCUCUCUUGCGGUCCCUCCACGUCUCGAAGGACCCCACAGCCUUCAACUACAUCAAAGUGGGAGGCCACAUCAAGUCGUCCAUUGACGAUGGUGCUGAUUUCAAAGCAGUGGCAGACGCCAUGAAGGUGAUCGGCUUUACAGCAGAUGAGCUCCAGACAGUUUACAAGGUCCUGGCCACUAUCCUGCACCUGGGCAACCUGACGUUUGGUGUGGACGGUGACACAACACUGAUUGAGAACUCCAAGGUGGUGGCGGUGAUCGGGGACCUGCUGGCCACUAAGGAGGAGAAUGUUGAGAAGGCCCUGCUCUACCGCACUGUGGCCACCGGCCGGGACGUCAUUGACAAGCAGCACACGGCCCAGGAGGCCAGCUACGGCCGGGACGCCUUGGCUAAGGCUAUGUACGAAAGAAUGUUCUGUUGGAUCGUGGGAAGGAUCAAUGAUGUCAUCGAAGUAAAAAACUAUGACGCCAAAGUCCACGGGAAGAACACGGUCAUCGGCGUGCUGGACAUCUACGGCUUUGAGAUCUUUCAGAACAACAGCUUUGAGCAGUUCUGUAUUAACUACUGCAAUGAGAAGCUGCAGCAGCUCUUCAUUCAGCUGGUGCUGAGGCAGGAACAGGAAGAGUACCAGCGCGAGGGAAUCCCCUGGAAACAUAUUGACUUCUUCAACAACCAGAUCAUUGUGGACCUGGUGGAGCUGCAACACAAGGGCAUCUUCUCUGUGCUGGACGAGGCCUGUAUGAACGUGGGCAAAGUCACCGACAAGGUCUUCCUACAGGGACUCAACAGCAAGCUGGUUAAUCACGCCCACUACACCAGCCGCAAGCUCUCCCCGACAGACAAGAGUUUGGAGUUUGACAGAGAUUUCCGUGUCCGGCACUAUGCAGGGAAUGUUGUGUACUCUGUGGUUGGCUUCAUCGACAAGAACAAGGACACUCUCUUCCAGGACUUCAAAAGGCUACUGUACAACAGCUCCAACCCAGUGCUGAAGGUGAUGUGGCCGGAGGGCAAGCUGAGGAUCACUGAGGUCACCAAACGACCCCUAACGGCCGCCACCCUCUUUAAGAACUCCAUGAUCGCAUUGGUGGAGAACCUGGCUUGCAAGGAGCCAUACUACGUGCGCUGCAUCAAGCCAAACGACGUCAAGUCGCCCCUGCUGUUCGAGCACGAGCGUUGUCGCCACCAGGUCGAGUACCUAGGCCUACUGGAGAACGUCCGUGUGCGCCGCGCCGGAUUCGCCAACCGCCAGGAGUACCCCCGCUUCCUCCAGAGGUACAAGAUGAUCUCGGAGUUCACGUGGCCCAAUCACGACCUCCCAUCGGAAAAAGAGGCGGUAAAGAAGCUGUUGCAGGGUUGCGGCUUCGAGCAGGACGUGGCGUACGGCAAGACGAAGGUGUUCAUCCGCACGCCGCGCACCCUCUUCUGCUUGGAGGAGCAGAGGACUGAAAUGGUUGGGAGAAUCGUUCUCUUCCUUCAGAAGGUAUGGCGCGGUACCAUAGCCAGGAUGCGUUACCGGCGCAUGCGUGCCGCUGUCAUCAUCCUACGGGCCUACCGGCGCUUCAAAGUCAAGUCUUACAUCAAAGACGUCAACCGCAAAUUCAAAAACGUGCGCUCCAUGAAGGACCACGGCAAGCACGUCAAGUGGCCCACACCGCCCAAAGUCCUGAGGAGGUUUGAAGAGGUGCUGCGGAGCUUCUACAACAGGUGGUGGGCGUGGAUGCUGAUCAAAGACAUGACUCCAGAGGAGAAGCUGCGGAUCAGAGCCAAGGGGGCCACCCUGGAGGCCCUCAAGGACCAGCGACCUGACCUGGGGCUGCAGAGGACCUGGGAGGGCAACUACCUGAAACGAGACAGUCCUGACACAGCGUCCUCCUUCACCUUGGUGUCCAGUGAGCUGCAGCGUAAGGACAAGUUCAUGAGAGUUCUCUUCUCCUGCAACGUGCGCAAGAUCAACCGUUUCCACAAGGCAGAGGACCGGGCCGUCCUCAUCACAGACCGCCACCUGUACAAGAUGGACCCCCAGAAGCAGUACAAGCCUAUGAAGAGCAUCCCCCUCUACAACGUGACUGGGAUCAGUGUGUCCCCUGGUAAGGAUCAAUUGGUGGUGUUCCACACUAAGGACAGCCGGGACCUGGUGGUUUGUCUAAAGGGCAUGGUGCCUGCCGGGGACAGUCGCAUUGGAGAGCUGGUGGGCACCCUGCUCAGCCACUUCAAAAGUGAGAAGAGGAAGCUGCAAGUGAAUAUCGCCAGUCCCAUUCAGUGCAGUAUGAACGGCAGGAAGUGCACCAUCAUUGUGGAGCCCAAAAUCAACCAAUCACAGCCAGACUUCACUAAGAGCCGCUCCGGUUACAUCCUGGCAGUUCCUGGAAACUAAAGGGCCUCUCGGGGGCCACUCGGCCUGUGACGAUGACAAGUGUCAAAUGAAGACUACAAGAACCAUAUAUCUGUUAGGUAUAGAGCUGACAAAUGAACUAGAUAGUAUGGCAUGAUGCAUGGGAGGAUUUGAGCUCUCAGAAUGACAAACAUGCCGAAUGUGUACCUUUUUUGAAUGGGUAUUUAUUUUACACAACAAUUCUUUUUUCAAUAGGACAUUUAAGAUGUUUAAUACAUGCAAAUGUAUUUUUUUUUGUUAGACAAACUCGCACAACAAUAAUUCACCAAAGAGUAGAUUUUUUUUCCCCUUCACUUUUCAAUAUCAAGUUCAUAUGUUUUGUUGGGGCAUUAAUCAUUUUAUAUUACGCUAGCUUUGGUUUAUCAUGAUUAGAAUCAGAUUUCGUAAUUUAUUUUUGAUCAAAAGUGGAGAUUUGAUGGAACAUUUUUUUAACACUACCCUUUGGUUUUGGACUAGAGACUCACAGACAGUCCUACAUGCACACAUCGGAAACAAGAGCGGGAGAGAAUGUUGUCCUGUGUAUUUCAGGGACGGAACCCGUGUCAGAGGCACAGAGAAGGGUUUAGUCGGUUAGUCACAGGCUGUGGAGUGGGAUGUGUUGAGCAUAUCUUGAACCCGAACGUCACGAUGUGCUCUGAGGGGAGCAUUAAAAUCUCAAUUUAAAACCUGUUAUCUGUUCUCUCUGUGUACUGUAUGUACAAUAAUAGUACUCUACAUGCUUAUAGUAUUACGCAAAAUGGGCUUAUGAGUGGCCCCGCCAGAUUGUGUACAUUUCAUGGCAGUAGUUCUAGGUAAUGAUUUAUUGAUGCAUUGUAAAUGACUUAAUCCAUUAUGUCAACAUUUCAGCACGUCUAUGCUAUAUGACCACAGCCAGAUGUUGUACGUUUUCCAUAGACGAGAGAAAAGAAGUCGACUCUGUACCCGCGCAGUAAAUCAGUAGUAUUGUGUUCCUGUGUGACUGAUUAGGCCCACUGGGCACGCACUGGUUAAAUCAACGUUGUUUCCACGUCAUUUCAAGGAAAUGAUGUUGAACCCACUCGGAAUAGACGUUGAAUUGGAAUGGACGAAUGGGAAUAGACGUUGAAUUGGAAUGGACGAAUGGGAAUAGACGUUGAAUUGGAAUGGACGAAUGGGAAUAGACGUUGAAUUGGAAUGGACGAAUGGGAAUAGACGUUGAAUUGGAAUGGACGAAUGGGAAUAGACGUUGAAUUGCCGUCUGUGCCCAGUGGGUAUUGACUUCGACUGAGGUGACAGUGGAGGGGUAUGAUGAACACCGUCAUUUCCCAAGAUCCUUGGCCUACUUCCAGUAGUUCUAGUUUCAGUGUCAAAGUACUGCUGCAGAUAUCGCUCUGUCACUUGGAAUUCUUUUCAGAGUGAAAAAGGUUUUCUCUAAUCACUUUCAGAAUUGCUACCGAGCGCUAAUUGCUUUGAAUAUCGUCCGGAAAAGUUGGUAUUGUAAUUAGUUAGUUAGCGUCCCUCUCCACUGAAGAAAUAUUCCUUUACCUUGCAGCUAUGGCCUAUGAUGACCUUGUUCUGUUGGUUAAUAAGCCACUUCAGACCAGAAAAUGUCCCUGUAUUGGGGGAAAGUUGUAGGCUAUGUAUUGUGUUGUGGGUAUUAUCAGUGACGUCACAGUAGGAUCUCUAAACGGCAGGUGUUUAAUGUGUGGCUAAUCCUCAGGGCUGCCUGUAAGACUUGGUUAUUAUGAGAAGGCCAACUAUAGCUAUCCCCCACAUCCUCCAGUUAUACAAUAUGUCUAUUCCACUACUCAUCAUUACAAUGCUCUGUCUGUGACUGUGUCACAUCCCACUGAAAUAGGUUUCUCUCUCUCAUGUCUCCCGACAUGCCUGUCUUGUAUGGAAGGAUACUUUUGUCUGAGAACAAAAGCCCAGCCUGGCUGCCUCCUCUCCUCUCCUCUAAUUCUCUAUCGCUCUCUCUCUCCCCUCACUCCAUCACGUCUUGGCACUCUGCCCGGGUGGGUAGACUGUGCCACUGCAGAGCCGAGGAGGAGUUUACUCUGAACCCCCCUCCCCCGUGCCCUGAGGAGAGAGGGAAAGGAAGGAGGAGACGAAAGAGAAAGAGAGAGGGAAAGUGCAUCAAUGAAGACACUGAGCUUGAUGAGAUGCCCACUUUCCCCACUACUACAUAAAUAAGAUGGUAACAACACGUGGUUCUUCAGUUGAGUAAGGAUUCUAAUGGUUCACUGUCACUCUUUGGGGUGCAGCAUGGAGACUAUUCAUAUCCUGAGUCCUCUACCGUACAUCCAGUGCAAAUGGGGAAAAAGUAGUCAAAGUGAAAAUAGGUUACUUUUUCCAUCACGUUUUCCAGAUUCUUUUUAUUGAGUCCAUAGCCAUUUAGUCUCUUACACUCAAUGUUCUUUCAGCUUUACCUUAGUUUGUGAUCUGUGACUCUAGAAGGUGUUGUCUGCUGCAUCCUUGUCCCUCAUUGGUUUCUGUUGGGUUUGACUUGUCUGAUCCAAAGCUUUACCUACAAUUCCUUCAAUUGUUUAUUUUUUUUCUGAGCAAUAUAUCACUAAAGUUCCUCCAUGAAGGGAUCCCCGUCUAUGAUAUUUCAUUGAGUUUCUUCUGUUGGUAACCCUUUUGAUUACAAUGUGUCCCCUAUUCCCAACUUUUAAUCGUUAAAAUGGUUUAAAUUGUACUGCAAUGAUACCUGAAAAUUUUAAAUUGGGGAAGAUUUAUAACAUUGUUGUAUCUUCUCAUUUCCUUCAAUAUAUUCAACACACCAAAUAUCUAGAUGAAUAUAUAGAUAGUUUGAUCAGCAAAUGUACGUGCCUAAUUUUAUAUUUCGCGUAUUUAUGUAAUAUAUCAAUAUUGAUAAUGAAAGAAAGUGUUUGGACCAAAUCUGAAGGGAACUUCACUGUUUUAUGUUAUCUGCAAAGAGACACAAUGAUAGUUAUUUGAUUAAUAAAUGUAUUUGCUCAA